CCAACACUCACACACACACCAAUCGCACCAGACCUGCACUCACUAAGAGCCUGAAACUCGGAGAAAGAAAGUCAAGAUGAAGGUAGUGCUCAUCCUUGCCAUUGCUGUUUUCACAGGUUGCAAUGCCAACCUGUUCUACGCUGAUGAGCCUAAACCACAGCUGGAGCAGCUGACAGAUUCGUUCUGGGACUAUGUUGCCCAGGCAACACGCACAGCAGAGGACACCAUUCAGAUGAUCAGGAAGUCUCAGCUGGGACAGGAAGUCAGCGCUAAACUCACAGAGAGUGCAGAUGUGGCCAGCCAGUAUGCAGUCACCCUCCAGAACCAGAUGUCGCCUAUGGCUCAAGACGUCAUGGCAAAGAUCACCACGGAGGCUGAAGUGCUGAGGGAACGCCUGACACAGGACCUGACCUCUGUGAAGGGACAACUGGAGCCCUAUGCAGAGAACAUGAGAGUCCAGGUUCUGCAGAGGGUGGAGGAUCUGAAGAUUGCUGUGGCUCCCUAUGCCGAGUCCCUGGACUCUGAGUCCCUGAAGACCACCCUGCUCCAGAGGAGUGAGGAGCUGAAGGGAAGUCUGGAGAAGAGCGUGCAGGAGCUGCAGUCCCAGCUGGGCCCCUACACAGAGGAGCUCAGGCAGAAGGUGGACCAGCACCUGCAGGAGUUCCAGGCCAAUGUGGCCCCCUUGGCUGCUGACCUCCAGACCCAGAUGUCCCAGAGAGCCAAGAUGGUCCAGCAGAGCCUGGCACCCUACGCUGAAGACCUGAAGGACAAACUGGACCCCUACGCCCAGGACCUCAGAGCACAGCUCACCUCCCUGUUUGAAUCCUUCACUAAGUCAAGCUAAAUACUCCAUGAUAAAGACACUGAAAGCAUUGUGACUCCACUCUUGCGCUCCUAUAGCUUGUAAGUCUUUUGCUGUGUAGCAAACUAACAAGUCUAAGCUGCUGUUAAUCGUGUAUUUAUUUUCACUGUAAAACAAAAUAACUGUCAUGUCAAAGAGGCUUAAUUUAUUAAUGAAAUAAAACUUUUACAUUCUUAACAUAA